CUUGCUCAUGCGUGGGCCGCUCAUUCCCAGCCCUUUUUUUGUGCUAAACUCCAAUAUCUCCCAUAUCAAUAAUUGAAGCAGCGCGAGAGCAGACGGAGCCCUGUGCGCUAUGUAUUCUCCGGCGCUGCGAAUUGGCCAGGGCCCCUCCGCCUCCUGCUCCUCUGCCGCCCGUGUGUGAGAACCGGCCGCUCGUCGCUGACAGCGCUGCACACUUUAAAAGAGUGCAAGAAAAGACAAAAAAAAGUUGCGACCCCGGAAAGUGGGAGGAAAAAGAAAGUGGUGCCGACAAAGCUUUUUCUUCUUUCCAGAGCACGGGGAGUACAAAGCGUUCACUUCAACCCACGGAGAUACGGCGCACGUCCUCCAAGAGAACUCUUUAAUAUUUAAUCGCUGCUAGAUAAGUGACUUCUUCUUUUUCUUCUUCACUGAGUCGCACUGAAAGCCGGAGAAAAAAACAGCAAGGCAGAUCUUGGGGAAAAAGUCGAAGAAAAAAACAAGGUUUGAACCCCCCACCACCCCCCCCACACCAAAAAAAGCAGAUUUAAAGUCGACCCUUCAUCCGCGAUGUUGACGUUCUGCCUGCUGAGCGCCGUGUGGCUCGUGGCCAGCCCGACCCGCGCGCAGAACGAGACGGAGCCCAUCGUCCUGGAGGGGAAGUGCCUGGUGGUGUGCGACUCCAACCCCACCUCGGACCCUACCGGCACGGCGCUGGGCAUCUCGGUGCGCUCGGGAAGCGCCAAGGUGGCGUUCUCCGCGGUGAGGAACACCAACCACGAGCCCUCCGAGAUGAGCAACAGGACGAUGGUCAUCUACUUUGAUCAGAUCCUCGUAAAUGUGGGGAAGAAUUUCGACGAGGAGCGGAGUAAUUUCAUCUCACCACGCAAAGGGAUUUACAGUUUUAACUUCCACGUAGUGAAAGUCUACAACCGUCAAACCAUACAGGUGAGCCUGAUGCACAACGGCUGGCCGGUGAUCUCAGCGUUUGCGGGCGACCAGGACGUGACGCGCGAGGCGGCCAGCAACGGGGUUCUGAUUCAGAUGGAGAAGGGCGACCGGGCCUACCUCAAGCUGGAGCGGGGAAACCUGAUGGGGGGCUGGAAGUACUCCACCUUCUCCGGCUUCCUGGUGUUUCCAGUGUAG